CCCCGGCCGCUGCCAAUAGGUUUUAGUAGGAAACUUAGGAACCCUCCAAGUUCGAAUUUCAGGCGUUUAUGAAUCCACCAUUGUGAAGAUGGUUUUAUCAAACAAAAAGUUGAAGCAGAAAUUGAGAGAGAAGCUAGCCGAGUCGUUGAUUUCAUCAGUCGCCGGAAGGGAUACCAACUUUGGUGUUUCCGGUGAACGGGAUACAGAAUCUCCGCGAAAAUCCCUCAAAGAGCUAUUAGGCACCGCUAGUGGCAAUGGGCCCAGAUUGUCCAAGCGAGAGAAACGAAGAGAAUCGCUCGUUUUGACGGGUUCGGAUGGAAAUAAGAAGGAGAAGAAGGAAGAUGAGAAUCAGGGAUUGGGAGAGAAGAAGAGGAAAAGAAACGAAGGGGUGAAGGAGAAGAAUGCGGUUGAUGGGUUGGAAGAGGAUAAUGAGAAGGCCAAAAAGUUGAAGAAUAAAAAGAAGCAGCAGCAGAAGAAGAAGAUGAAGAAGAAGAAGAGUAAUAAGAAGGAAAACAAUGGCGAGGAGGAGAAGGAGAAGGAGAAGGAGAAGGAGAAGGAGAAGCAGGGAGAUGUAAGUGGGAAUGACGUGAAAGGGCAGGUUGAAGAAACUCAUUAUAAUAUAGGCAGUGAAUUUGAUGAAAAUUUGGCUACAAAAGUGUAUGUUGGAGGCAUUCCAUAUUAUUCAACCGAGGACGAUAUUUGUAGCUUUUUUGAAAGCUGUGGCACUAUUACUGAAAUUGAUUGUAUGAAGUUUCCAGAGAGUGGCAAGUUCAGAGGCAUUGCUAUAUUGAGUUUCAAGACAGAAGCUGCAGCGAAACGAGCACUAGCCUGUGAUGGAGCCGACAUGGGGGGACUCUUCCUUAAAGUACAGCCCUACAAAGGAACACGAAAGAAUAGAGCAGCUGAUUUCUCUCCAGGACUUGUGGAAGGCUACAACAGAAUCUAUAUAGGGAAUCUUUCGUGGGAUGUAACUGAGGAUGAUCUAAAGAAACUAUUUGUAAACUGCAAGAUUGCUUCGAUACGUUUUGGCAUGGACAAGGAAACAGGGGAGUUUCGUGGCUACGCCCACGUGGAUUUCUCUGACGGUAUCUCAUUAAAAACGGCUUUGAAGUUAGACCAGAAAAUAAUUCACGGUAGACCUGUCAAGAUUAGAUGCGCAGUUCCAAAGAAAGGGACAGAAAACGGCGGAGGAGGAGCAGUAGCAGGAGCAGAAACGCAUCCAGAAAUGAAUCCAGAGCCUAUACCGGAAACGAAGGAAGCUGCUGUAAGUGUAGUAAGCGCUGUUAGUGGUAAGAUAAGAAGAAGAACAUGCUACGAAUGUGGUGAAAAAGGCCAUCUUUCUUCCAACUGCCCAAAUAAGCAGCUUGCGGAUUCAGUUACAAGUUGAGGUACAAUGAAUGCCUUCUCUUUGUUUCUUGUUGGCAGCAAAAUUGAACUGUUGAGAAUUUUCUUUUGCACUGUAUGCUAAUUGUAAUCUGAUGUUUUGAAUUUCACUUAUAGAAAGGUUAAUAUAAAUUUAAUCUGGCUAGGAGAAAAAUUAUUUUUACAUUGAAUUAGUUCCAUCUCAUAUUGAUUUUUUCUCUCAUUUUAAUUUACAUGUGGACUAUGAGUUCAGAAUAUAAUGUGUUUCAAGAA